AUGACAGGAAACUCGGGUGAGGAAAUCCUCUACAAUCUUGCUAUUUUUAAUGAGGACUGGGAAGAAGGAGGAAAGGCAGCUUGGCCUGCCCCAACAACCAGCCCCAAGACACCCUCCCUGUGGGGAGUACUGGGUGAGGAUCUCCAGUCCCCAGACCUCUGGGGCUGCCUCGUCAGAGGGUGCUGGGGAGGCUUGGCACUGGUGUAUGGAGCAGUGGCAGCAGCUCAGUGGUCACAGAUGGAGCUGGGACCACUUCUGAGUGAGGAACUGGAGAAAGUUCAGAUAGGUGAGGUGAACCAGCAGCACAGGGUGCGGGUGCACAGAUUCUGUCAUCUCUGUAUUUCUGCAAGUUUAAAGAAUAACGCAUGGAUGUGCCCCUACUGCCGUGCUUAUCUUCCUUCUGAAGGAAUUCCAGCCACUGAUAUUGCCAAGAAGAUGGAGAGCACGUACCAAAAUUGCACAGAAUGUGAAACACAGGUAUGCCUGAGUGAAAUGAGAGCUCAUUUAAGAACUUGUGAAAAAUAUAUAGAAAAAUAUGGACCUCUACAGGAGCUUGGAGCUGCUGUAACAAGAUAUUCCUGUCCUUAUUGUCAGUGUGAAGUAGAUGAGGAUGAGCUUAUGGACCACUGUCUCACUUACCACAGAUCAGAAAGGAGAGCAGUGUGUUGUCCAAUUUGUUUUUUAACACCCGGGAGAGAACCAAGCUACUUCAGCAGAAGUUUUAUAAGGCAUCUUCAACUCAGACAUGCACUCCAUUAUGAAGACUACAUAGACAUAAACACUGUUGGAGAAGUUCUUGUUGAAAGAGUUCUGGAUGGGUCAUUCUUAGACUAUGUGCAUGUGAGUCAUCCAAACAAUACCUAA